AUUUUAUUGAUGUCAUAAUCGACAUAGUUUCGCCAGAAAAAAGUCUUCUCCCACGGUAUUUAUAAGCUCAAAGCGCAAGUGUUUAGCUUUCAUUUCCUCUCAGUCUUUUGCGCUAAGAACACGCAAUCGUAAUAGCAAUUUCAUUGUCUUUACAUCGUCAUCACCGAGGAUGUCCACAGUAACAAAGCGUUGUGUAGUGAAUUUUCUUAAGCCUGCGUUUCGGCAGCAAGGCGUUGCUUACGUUCGCCAACUCAGCGCUUCUCUGCGCGCGCAAGAUCAAAUGUUGCUGGUCAAGGAGCAGCCGGGACAGGAAGAGCCGAUGAUCUUUCCUGGCAUUUGGCUACGUGACAACUGUCAGUGUGAACAGUGUUUUCAUCAAGAUUCCUUGAGCCGCAAGCCGUUGCGUUGGAAUAAUUUCGAUACGAAGGUGAAAGUUCGGCAUAUAACGGUGGAUGAAUCGCUACAGUCCGUAAAUAUCUCCUGGUCCGAUAAUCAUCAUUCCAGUUUCUCAUUGAAUUGGUUGAGAGAACGAAACUUUUCCCAAAAAACAUCCGAGCAAUUUUUGAAUGAAUGGUAUCGGCCUCAGUCCAAGCUUUGGGGCAAAGAUGAUUUUGCAAAAAUUUUGAAGAAAUUUGAUUAUUGGGAAGUGAUGCGCAGUGAUGCUACUUUUUUGGAAUGGCUGGAUACCCUGGCUGUGUAUGGGAUAGCAAUGUUAAAAAAUUCUCCGUUGGAUAUCGGUGUAGUGAAGUCUCUAGCAAAUCGCAUUGGCUUCAUACGAAGGACGACCUAUGGCGAAGAGUUCAGCGUGCGUUCACGUCCAGGCGCUAAAAACUACUCCUACCUCUCUAAGCCACUCCCUCUACAUACUGAUCUGCCCUACUACGAAUACAAGCCCAGCGUCACUCUGCUUCACACACUCGAGCAGUCGCGUUCCAAGGGCGGCUGGAAUACACUGGUGGAUGCCUUCAACAUCGCCGAUCAGUUGCGCGCUCAGCAUCCAGAGCACUUCAAGAAUCUCUCACAAACUCUAGUCAAUUGGUGUGACAUCGGCGCGGAUGCUGAUAAGUUCUUCCACAAUAUGUGGCGUGCACCGGUUAUAAACCUUGAUGCAACUGGCAAAUAUGUGCGCAUCAAUCACAGCGUGCCCCAACGUGACAGCCACUUCAGCAUCGAUGUCGAUAAGGUGGUGCCGUGGUAUGAGGCCAAUGCCACAUUCGUACGCAUGGCUCAUGAGCAGUCGGUCAGCUUUAAAACGGUGCCAGGUGACGUGUUGUCCUUCAACAAUUUGCGCAUGUUGCACGGCCGUACGGGCUACGAUGACUCCGAGCGCAAUGUGCGCCACAUUGUCGGCGGCUUCGUUGACUGGGACAUCGUUUACUCGAGGAUGCGUGUCUUGAAGAGGGCGGCGGUGUCGAGUGAGGAGACCGAGAGCGCAGAGCAGCAUAUGGCGGUGCAGGCGUAGCGGUAAUGAGAGGAGGACAAGAUGAGGGCAGGCAAGCUGUAAAUUGGCUUGAUUUACUUGAGUACUCAGUUUUCGUAUAUUUAAGGCGACUUAAUGGGAGUAUACUGAACCAGAAUUUUAUAAUCUAGCAAUAUAAAUAUAUAUAAUACAUGUAUUGCAAAAUAAAAUGACCUUACUGCAUAAAUAUAUGAAUAUACGGUGUUUUGCACUGUAAUUUGA